UCAUCGUCGGUUGGAAGCCGGUAAUAAAUGCCGGCCCGGUGUCUUGAUUGACGUACCAGUAAGGCCCUGGAGUCACAAUCUGCAGAUCGGUCGCAUCAAUAAACCCAUCCACCAGUGUUCUGAAAGGCGAUGCGUCCGUCCAAAAGUAUGCUGCCCAGGCACUGAUGAACCCCAGGCCAUGCAACAGUUCGUGGAGUACAAUGUACCGGACAUCGAUCUGGUGUUGUUGAAUUGCGGCCGUGUCAUUAAAAAACCAAUAUUUCCCACCAGGAGGAACAUUACUACUAGUAUUACUAUUCGUAGAACUUGCGUUCCAUCCUUCACUCUGGGCCUUGUCAAAAUCAACAGCGGCCAUAUACGCAUCAUGGUUGAUCUCAAUGUCUACGUCAUGGUCGGCCCAGACCGAUGUAUUACUGUAUGGGGCAAGCUGUUUUGCAAGUGCCUGAGGGUACACAUAAUUCAAGUCGGCCCCAUCAUCAAAAAAUGGCAGUGUAAACUAAUGUUGCUUUGAAAGUUCAAUAAAACCCCAAAAUAGAUAGGAUAGAUAUACGAAAUGUGCUAUUUACUUUUAACUAAUAUAUAAUUAGAUAUGUUCUUGCUUACUUGGGAGGUGGGUGCACCCCAGCCAUAGGUACCAUUGUUACACUUUUUGUCACAGAAAUUAUAGUAUGAAAUCCAUAUACUAUAAAGAUGUUUGGUUGUUAUCCUCUUUG